AUGGGAAGUAACAAUAACAGCGGCAAUACUAAUAUCGUUAAGAGAACUGGUGGAGAAAAUAUGGAAAAUACUGUAACCGCUGCAAACACCAGUACAAAUACGAGUACAAGUGAUCUAAAGGAAAAAAGUAGGAUUUCAAUGUUGAAAAGGUCUAACACCUUUAACCCUGAUAAUUUCGUUACUCCUCAAAGCCAACAAAAUGUUAGUUCUAAUGUCAAUACAAAUGCUAAUAGUAAUACUAAUUUGUCAACACCAAUGGUAAGAAGUAGAAGAGCAUUAACAGAAGUACCUGUAAAUCAACAAAAACAACCACUAGAAAAACAGCAUCAUCAAUUAGUACAUCAACAGACCGGAAUUAAUACGAAGAUACGAAGAGAACCUAGCGAAGUAGCAUCAUUAACAUCAACAAAGAAAAGAUCUAUUUACAAGGAUGAAGAAGAACAAGAAGCAGCAGAGGAGUCGAAAAGUGUUAAAAAGGUUAAAUCUUCUUCACCACGUAAAUGGAGAGAUUUAGAUUCUGAUGAAAAGACAGAUAUUUGCAUGGUAACAGAAUAUACUGAUGAAAUCUUCGAUCACCUCUAUAAGAGGGAACUCGAAACACUACCUACUCAUAAUUAUUUGGAGGAUUUAGACUCACCAUAUCAUUUAAGACCAUCAAUGAGAGCAAUUUUAGUGGAUUGGUUAGUUGAAGUCCAUGAAAAAUUUCAAUGCUAUCCCGAAACCCUUUUCUUAACGAUCAACAUUAUGGAUAGAUUUCUAGCAAAGAACAAAGUUACUUUGAGUAAAUUACAACUGCUGGCAGUAACUUCUUUAUUCAUAGCGGCAAAAUUUGAAGAAGUAACCUUACCGAAAUUAUCCGAUUAUGCCUACAUUACAGAUGGUGCUGCGUCAAAGCAUGAUAUUAAGAGUGCAGAAAUGUUUAUGCUAACCUCAUUAUCAUUUGAUAUUGCUUGGCCAAAUCCAAUGAAUUUUUUAAGAAGAAUUUCUAAAGCAGAUUCCUAUGAUUUUCAAACUAGAAGCAUUGGUAAAUUCUUAUUAGAAUAUACCAUGUGUUGUCAUAAAUUUAUCAACAUUAAACCUUCUGUGAUGAGUGCAAUGUCCAUGUUCGUAGCUAGGAAAAUCUCACAAAGAAACAAUCCGAUUUGGGAUGAAACCUUUAAACACUAUAGUGGUGAUAUUGAUGUCCUAAAUGAUCAAAGUUUUCAAAUUCUUUGCAAAGAAUUAAUUAAUGAAAUUGCAUCCCCACAAACAAGAUUAGAUUCACUGAUCUUAAAAUUUAAAAAACCAAAAUAUGGUGCUAUUUAUUAUAAAGUUUAUGAUUGGUGUAAAAAUCAGACAGAAAACGAUAGCUUAGAUUCGUUGUUUUCAGUGUAA